AGCUGCUCCUGCACUUCGUCAUGAACCAGGAACCCGUGAGCAUGGCAGGGAAGUGUGACACCAUCUACAAGGGCUUCGCGGGCUGCCUCAUCAGCCUGGGGGACAGCAUGGCACAGAGCGUCCAGCAGCAGGAGAGUGGCCAGGAGGUGCAGGAGCUGGACACCAUCUGCAAGUCCUGGGACGACUUUCAUGCCUGCGCCAGCGGGGUCCUGUCAAGCUGCCCCGAGGAGGCAGCUGCCAUCUGGGAGUCGCUGCGGGAGGAGUCCCGCAAGAUCCAGUUCCAGGGAAACCUGCACGAGCUCUGCAACGCACGGGCCCGGGCCCGUCUGGCCAGUGCCCAGGGCUCUCCAGCUGCUGAGACCAAUCAGGAGACCCUGAGGGGCUCAGCCACCCCCAUGCGCCUCUGCCUCCUGCCCUUGCUAGCCCUGCCGCUGCUGGCACCCUGGAUCUAGCCCUG